AUGGCGUGGCCCACGCCUUUCGAGGGCCUCGGGCGGCGCGCGAUCUCUUUUUCCAUCAGCCAGACAGCUGCAGGCGCGCCUGCCGUCCGCAACUUUGACUUUCUGGUACUGGGAAGCGGGAUCGCCGGGCUGAGCUAUGCUCUCAAGGUCGCCAAGCACGGAAGCGUGGCUGUGGUUACCAAAGCCCAGGCUGAGGAGGGCUGCACCCAGUACGCCCAGGGAGGCGUGUGCGCGGUCCUGGGCAAGCACGACAGCGUGGAAGCACAUGUCGAGGAUACCAUGAUCGCAGGAGACCACCUCAGCAGCCGCAGGGUGGUUGAGGUGGUGUGCAAGGAGGGCCCCAUGCGCGUGAUGGAGCUGGUGGAGCUGGGAGCGCAGUUCACGCGUAAGGAGAACGGCGCGCUGCACCUAACGCGCGAGGGCGGCCACAGCCACCGCCGCAUCGUGCACGCAGCCGACGUCACCGGCCGCGAAAUCGAACGGGCCCUGCUGGCCGCCGCCGCCGCCAAGGGCAACAUCACCUUCUUUGAGCACCACGCCGCUGUGGACCUGGUCCACACCGAGGUGAAUGGCCAGAAGGUGUGCAUGGGAGCGGACGUGCUGGACCAGCAGGCCAUGCGCAUGAUUCGAUUCAUGGCCCCGGUCACCAUGCUUGCCACCGGCGGCGCUGGUCAGGUGUACCCCAACACCACAAACCCGAGUGUGGCCACAGGCGACGGCAUGGCAAUGGCAUAUCGCGCGAAGGCGACGGUGGCCAACAUGGAAUUUGUGCAGUUCCACCCGACGGCAUUCUGCGCGUCGGCUGUCACUGGCAAGCCCUCGCAGGGGCGGACCUUCCUCAUCUCUGAGGCCCUGCGCGGCGAGGGAGGCCGCCUGUACAACCAGUCAGGCCACAGAUUUAUGGAGGAUUAUGAUUCUCGGCUUGACCUGGCGCCGCGUGACAUUGUGGCGCGCGCCAUUCAGGAUCAGAUGCUGAGCCGCAAUGACAGCCACGUGCUGCUGGACAUCAGCUACAAGCCCGCUGAUGAGAUUCUGGCGCACUUCCCCAACAUUGCGGCCCAGUGCAAGACCUUCGGCAUUGACAUCACCCGGGAGCCCAUCCCUGUGGCCCCGGCUCAGCAUUACAUGUGCGGCGGUGUCCAGACGGGCCUGUCUGGUGAGACCAACGUGGCAGGGCUAUUUGCCUGCGGCGAGGUUUCCUGCACGGGCCUGCACGGGGCGAACCGCCUGGCCUCCAACUCGCUGCUGGAGGGGCUGGUAUUUGCAGAGCGCGCUGUGCUGCCCAGCCUUGCCCAUGCAGAGGGAACACUGCGCGACGCCGGUCAAGCCAUGACCCGUGCUUCUCAGUGCCCGGAGUUCACAGGCCUCUCGGCACCGAGGCGGCUUUCAGUGUCGAACAAUGAGUGGGUGGCUGCAAAGCGCGCCGAGCUCACAGCAGUGAUGUGGAGUGCGGCCGGAAUAGUGCGCAGGCGCGCAGACAUGAAGGAGGCACUCCAACAGCUGGCGGGCAUGCAUUUCGACGUUCAGGCAAUGUGGCAGAGCUAUGGCACAUCUACAGAGCUGGUGGAGCUGCGGAACCUGAUGGCUGUGGGCGAGCUGAUCCUAAUGUCGGCCCUGCAGCGCCAGGAGUCGCGCGGCGGUCACCUGGUCCUGGACCACCCCGGCCCGGGGCUGAAGCUGCCGCGCACCACGCGCAUCGGCGGCAGCAACCUGUCCGCCAGCAAGCCGGCCCCGCCACAGCUGGUCGGCAACGGCGUGCCCCUGCGUAGCGGCAGCCUCGGCAAAAAGACCGGCGGCGGCCUGAUCGAGCGGGCACGCUCGCGCGAGGUCGCUCUGAAAUCUCAGAAGGAGGAUGUGGAGUAAUUAUGCUUGCCUGGAGAGCCAGGCGUGCAGGCAGCGCUGCGCAGAAGCAACCAUUGCAGCCUGAGAAGCCGUGCAUGCAGACAAUGCAGCCCAGAAGGACUUAUCGCAAUCUGUGUUAUCAUUACAAGGUCAGCAUGAUGUGGCUUCAUGCCAGAGCCCAGAAUGUGAGGAGAGAAAGGUUUCUUGCCCAGGCAGGCAUGAAGCGUGUACAAUAAUUGUGGUCUGACAGAGCCACUUGCAGUAGAGAUAGGCUUCGUUUUGGAAACAGUCUGCAUCAGUUGCAUCUCAUGCGUGAAGAGGUUUUGGUAUGGCAUAUGUGUGGCAUGAAGGCCUCUUGAUAUUUUCUGCAUUCAGCUGAGUUCAUAUUUUGAUUAAAGCAUUGCUAUGCAAGUGAUGGCCCCAGGGUUCAUAAUGUUGCAACAAGUUUGGACAUCAAUUUUCAACGAAUAAACAUGCUGUUGUGCUAGACUUAUUUCAAGCAUGAAGGAAACAAGCUAAACACUGCUAUACUCCUGCGAAGCCUGAGGCAGGUUUGGAAAAUGUGCACUGGCUGUAAGAUCAGUAAGUGUU